AUGCCCGGGAGAGCGGGGGCCUUCGCCCAACGCCGGGCCACUGCCACGGAGGGCCCGUGCCUUACCAAGCCGCUGAGACGCCGGUUCCCCUGGCCACGGGGCGGUCAUUGUGACGCGAUGCCCGGGUGGCCGCUCGCGCUUGUGACACGCCGCUUGCGCAUGCGCAUGUGCAUCGGCGUGCGCGGCUGUCCAGUCGCAAUGUCCGCGCUCCCCCACCGGCCGGCAGCAGCGGCGCGGGAAAAUGCUGUCGGCGUUGUCCGAGGCGGCCCCUGGGAGGGAGCCUGCGUGCCACUGGCAGUGCAGGAGCCCAACCGUCGUGACUCCACUGGCUCCCUAAACCGACUUUCCUUUUCCGGUCCGCUGAAGAGGGAGGGCGCUUCAGACCUCCACUCCAGGUGGGCAUUCGGGACUGCUCUCCCCAGGAGAUUCCGGAUCCGACGGCCUGGGCAGGGAUCGGGUCCCACCGGGCUGGAGAUUCAGUCUGAAACUCCUUCCUGCCACACAAGGGCUGAUAAAAGAAAACACGUCAAGGAUAUAAGGGAAACAAUUUUCAGAAGGAAAACUUCUCAAAGAUCUCUGGGGAAACGAGAACAACAACAACAACAGCAACAACAAGAGCCAAACUCCAGACCAUAUGCAGUCUUUGCUUAAGUUCUUCCUGAUACCAAGCCCACAGUGAUUUCAUCCAUGGCUAACUGCAGACCAUUUUGUCUAUCCCUACAUAAGCAAAGAGUCCACUAAAUGAGUCAUGUGAGAAAAGACAAUUCAGGAACUACCUCUCUGUUUCCAUCUGUCUUGCCAAUCAGUGUGUUGGAAUUAUUUUCCCAAGGAACUUAGGAAGAAAAGUGAAGGCCAUAUCCAGAAGAGGCCUUUAAAUGCAGACCCUACAUCUUGAAUAAUGACUUCCAGAAAACAGCAGUGACACUUGCUCCUGGAAAUACCAAUCACGACCCAUAAGCACUGGCGUCCCCUGAGGACCUACUCGAAAUACAGAAUCUCAGGCUCACUCUGACACUAGAAUGACAAUCUGUUUUCUUGACAAGAAUCCUCAGGAGGAUCCCUACCAACAGUGUAGUCCCUGAAGGGGUCAUGAGGACAAUGCCACCCCUACAGGUACCGCAGGACCAAGGGCCCAUGGAAGAAUUUGGAUUUCGGCUUGCUAUGCUGGUCUUCUUUCUGCAGGAGUGACGCCCCUCGGGAUGGUCAGGUGAUUAAUAGGCCUGCGGGUGGGAGCCAGACCUCCACUACCCUAAGGCUUCAGAAACCAGGAGCACCACACAGAAGGCGGGGCCCACAGCCCCGAAGCUAGCCGAGGACGCACAUGCACCAGCAGGAAGACAGACUGCAGAGAAACCACGCUGUGGUGCACUGGCCACACUUAACGUCCAGCAUACACGGCUCGCCCACACAAAUGUCAACGUGAAGAAAGAUACACACGGACACACGUAUACAGACACACACAGACAUAUACUCACACACAGACACACACAUACACACAAACAGAAAGACAAGUGGAGACAUCCGACAUUCGCAGGCAGCUCCUGAGGCUGCAGGGUCCUGUUCUCUGCCGGGAAGCCCCUCGGGGAGAGAGUAGCGCCGUGGCACACAGGCUACUGGUACCUGGAAAUCCCAGCAGGGUCAGCUUUCAAGGUGACGUACACCGUCCCCCCCUACCCACCCACGACGUCUGAGCAAGCCUGAAGCAUCGGGGUGGCGGGGGAAUCCCUGGGGAUCGCCCUGAUCAUCCCUGAAGCUCCGCUGCAGCUUUUUUCCGCCUGGCUCCGCCCUGCCCGACGACUGAAAUCACUGGACCCUGGCAAUCAUCCCCGGGAGAGCUGGGGGCCUUCGACCAACGCCGAGCCACUGCCACGGAGGGUCCGUGCCUUGCCAAGCUGCUGAGACGUCGGUUCCCCUGGCCACGGGGGUGGUCACUGUGACGCGAUCCCCGGGUGGGCGUUCGCGCUUGUGACACGCCGCUUGCGCAUGCGCAUUGGCGUGCCCGGUUGGUCAGCCGCAAUGUCCGCGCUCCCCCACCGGCCGGCCGCAGCGGCGCGGGAAAAUGCUGGCGGCGAUGUCCGAGGCGGCCCCUGAGGGGGAGCCUGCGUGCCACUAGCAGUGCAGGAGCCCAUCUGUCAUGACUCCACUGGCGCCCUGAACCGACUUUCCUUUUCCGGUCCGCUGAAGGGGGAGGGCGCUUCAGACCUCCACUCCAGGUGGGCAUUCGGGACUGCUCUCUCCAGGAGAUUCCGGAUCCGACGGCCUGGGCAGGGAUCGGGUCCCACCGGGCUGGAGAUUCAGUCUGGUGAGUUGUGGCAGGGGUCGCUGGACCCCAGGAAGAGACCGGAGACCCUUUGGGAGGGUGCUGGGGAACGUUCCGCAGCUCCCUGAGCUCACUUCCUCCCCUUCGACCUGGGCCACCCACCAAGGGGCCCUCCCUUGCCCUCCAAGCCCAGGGACUUGUGCUUCUCCUCACUGCGGUCCAGAGAAGGGGAGGAAGAACGACAGAGCGGUGGCGAGCGCAGCCUGCAGCAGAGGAGGCAACAGCUGCAACCGGCCUCCCCUGGGGGCAGAGUUCGUGGAGACAGCUUCUCAGAAGCUUUCUGGGGUGAAGCCAAAUCCCGAGACGGAUGUCCAGGCAUGCCACUGAGGACUCCCAUGAAAGCCAAGCACAGCAUGCUAACUGAUCUUAGUCACUUUAUUGUUUCUACGGAAAGCAUCAUCAUCUUGCUACAAAGUGUUUCCCUCAAAUUGCUUUGACGGCCUGUACACGGAGACCCGUUGUCAACUUGUCUUGUUGAGAAAAAAACUAUUCCCGGUGUUAAAAGUGCAGAUUCUGACUUUUAUGGAUACCUAAGUCUAGAGUGUAACCGUGUGUGUGUUUGUGGUUAAUCAGUGGAUGAAAUCUGUUUCUGAGUGACUCUUUUUACUUAAUCAUAGUUGAAGAAAGGUCUUACUCUGCCAUUUGGUUUUCUGUUUUUCCUGUGAUGAGAAAAUCUUAAACAUGGAAACUUCAUCCCCUCCAGACAAGCUUUUAGCAUCCGACUUACCUGACAUGAUUUUCAUUGUCUCCAGUUCCCUUGCGGGUAGCACGUUCAGUUCUCCAGUCUUGAGCCUGCGGCUUCUUCUGCAACACAGACCGUCUUUGUCUUCUUUCUCUAGGAACUCUUUCUUGCCAUACAAUGGCUGGAAAUAGAAGAAAACAGGAUAAGGAUAUGAGGGAAACAAUCUGAAGAAUGAAAACUGCUCAAAGGUCAGGCUGUGGAAAGGUGCAUAAGUUCUUCCAACCUCAUGUUUUCCUCCCUCAGGAAGGAAGGUUUCUUUUCUUUCUCUGCUUCUCUGGGAAAAGAACAACAAAAAUGACAAGAACCACAACAACAACAAAAUUGCAGACCAUACCGAAUGUGUUACUAAGGAUAAAAAUAAGUUUCCUCUGUCAAACAUGUUUCCUUAAGUUAGGCUCUAGAAAAAUGAUCUAUUUCUCAUUAACACUUUAUUGGACCACUAUAUUUUGUGACCAUUGAUGCCAUAGGAAAUAAAAAGUAACAAAUUAAAUGUAGUUUAUAUA